AUGGCGCUUGCUCUUCGUUAUGCCGAGGAAGGCGAGUUCAGCUCUCGUGCAUGUGACGUCUCUGCUUUGGAACUCUCCAGCGUAACACCGAGCAAGGCCAUUUUUCGAUGGAGCCGCUUUGUGCGUGAUCUGCUUGGACCUCAAGCCCAUGACGCUAUUAAAGUGAAAACGCUGGUAAUUGCUAUGCCUGGAGCAGCGCAACAGUUCGUACAGCAGCUGACUGCUUCUUGGACAGCAGUUGGGACAUUAUUGACUAAUGACCAAGCCAUUCAACCAUGCAAAUUGCAAAGUUCACCCACUCUGGGUGUUAUUCUGUCAAAAAUGGGACUAAAGGUGCUGGAAGAAGAAAAUUGUCUCGCGUUAUUAGUAGGUCAAGAAGUGCCGGCUACAGCGACAUGGGAGUGGCUCGAUACAUUGAGAACUCAUGUUGAUGCAGAGGAGAUUGUGUGUCUAGACUCGAUGUUGUCAACAAUUUACACGGAUCAGUAUGAGGACGAGCAGAUUGGAGCAAAGCUAAGGAUGCUGGCAACUUCUACCGUGACGAAGAAGAUGAAGCUGCAGACGCCUGUGCAUCCGCUGGAAGUGCCGCACUUUGUCACUGGAAUUCCGGCAGCUCUGCUUACUCAUGGAGAGUUACGUAAACGUCGUGUUCGCGUGUUUGUGAGUCUGCGGGAUGUCUCUACUACUUCAUUCGACGUAAUGCAGAGUUUUAUGCCGUUGACUGCGUCGUCAGCAUCUGUGCUCAGUGUGCUAGAGCAACCAAGGUGUUUCCAGCCAACUGAUGAUUCUACGCGUCAAAAAAGCGCAGUGAGCGUGCUGUACACGUAA